UUUACAGCACAUCACUCAUUUGUUUAUGACUUUUUCUUGUUCAUUUUUAAUAUUCAUCUUCGGGUUGAUUAUGGGCAAUGACCCUUUUGUUGUGCUGUAUAAAAGCAGAAGGCAAAAAGUCCAAUUUCACCAUCAUUCACAGCAGCAACGGCGGCACUCGAGGACACCACGUUUUUGCUGUAUGCUUUUGUCCACUGAUUUCAAAUAUGAAACAAACUAAUCCAUGUUGGCGUGACCAUUUUAACAAUCCAAUGUCCACCAGAGGAGGUCUUCUCUUGGCAUCUCUUCUUCUUUGUUGCUUAGCAGGGACCUGCCAUGGAGUUGUGAGUUUCUCCUCCCUGCAAAGAACUCUUCUGGUGACUGCUUCACCAACACAAGGGCAAGUUCUGAAGGGCGGUGAAGACAACAUCACUGUGACAUGGGUGUUGAACCAGACAUACUCAGAGUCAGAGGGGACCGACUCUGCCUACAAUACUGUGAAGGUGAAGCUGUGCUUCGCACCCAUUAGCCAAGUGGACAGGGCAUGGAGGAAAACUGAAGAUAACCUGAACAAGGACAAGACAUGCCAGUUCAUUAUAGUUACAAGACCCUACAACCCCUCUAAUAGAACAGUACAGAGCUUUGUUUGGACUGUGGAGAGGGAUGUGCCAACUGCUACUUACUUUGUGAGAGCUUAUGCUUUUAACUCUCAAGGUGAAGAGGUGGGUUAUGGUCAAUCCACCGAUGAUAAGAAAACAACCAAUCUCUUCAAUGUUGAGGCGAUCUCUGGCCGGCAUGCGUCGCUCGACAUAGCUGCUGCUUGCUUCUCUGCUUUCUCUGUGGUGUCCUUGUUUGGGUUCUUCGUUUUGGAGAAGAGAAAGGCUAAGAUGGCUGAAAAGAAGUAAAUGGGAAAUCAUUGAUAUUCAGUUUCAACGUUUACCCACUUCUUUUUUGGUGGGAUGUGGACAGUUCUAGAUGGGUCUCUACUCUGAUGAACCCUAUCUGAUGAUAAAUGGAUGGUUGGAUCAUGGAUGCAAACGUUGGGUUAUCAUCUUUCUACUUUUUUCUUUUUUCCCUCUGGUUUGCUUGUUCAGAAGGAUGAAGGAGAAAUGUGUCCUUUUUUUUUUUUGCCCUUUAUAGAUCAGAAAUAUGUGUGAUCAACAUCUAUCUUGUGAUGAGUAAUAGUAAAAUGAUAGGGGUCAUAUCCAAAUUAGUCUUGGUGAUGGUAACCCAUAAUUUUAUGUAUAAUAAAAGUCAAUGAAAUUCCUUUCCGGAA